AUGGAUCCUAUCAAGUACAUCUUUGAGAAGCCUUCUCUAACUUGUAGGGUAGCUCGUUGGCAAAUGGUUUUAACUGAGUACGACAUCCAACAUGUCCCUCAAAAAGCUAUCAAAGGGAGUGUAUUGUCAUACUAUCUUGCACAACAACCUUUGGAGGACUACCAGUCUAUGCACUUUGAGUUCCAUGAUGAGGACAUUAUGCUAAUAAGGGAUUGCAAUAUCCCCGGACCCGAGGAAGGACCAGAACCAGGAUCUUGGUGGACACUUGUGUUUGAUGGAGCUUUUAAUGCUCAUGGUAAUGGCAUUGGGGAAAUCAUCACCUCCCCAACUGGAUUUCACUUACCUUUCACUGCAAGGUUGUACUUUAAAUGUACCAACAAUAUGGCAGAAUACGAAGCUUGCAUUGGGGAAAUCAUCACCUCCCCAACUGGAUUUCACUUACCCUUCGGUAUUGAAGUUGUGAUUGAUCUUAGGAUCAAAAUUCGUGAUGACUACAGAGAUUUAGCCUUGGUUGUUAGCCAAGUCAAAGGAUAUUGGGAAGCUCGAGAUCAUAAACCCAUCCCUUACAAGGAGCAUGUCCUGAAGUUGAUCCCAUACUUUGACGAGAUUAUAUUCAAUCACAUCCCAGAGAGGAAAAUCAGUUGGCCGAUGCCAGAUAAAUCCGUCAUCCAUGUUUAA